AUGCUCGUGGAGCAGGCAAGCGAGAGGAACGGGGACAUGCCGGUCAUCCUCGUGACGCACAACUUCGGCGGCCUGAACGCCAACGUCUUCCUCAGCCGGAGCCCCCUGGCGUGGCGCCGGAGGUACGUCAAGCACUUCGUCAUGGUCUCCACCGGUGCUGGCGGCGGCGUGUUCCCCCUGCAGUUCGGCGGUUCGAAUUCGUCGUCGCCGCCGCCGAUGGACCCGCUGUCGUUCGCCAACACCAGAUUGAGCUUCGCGACCGUGUUCUCGGCCCUGCCGUCCCCCAAGGUGUUCGGCCACGCGCCGCUGGUGGUCACGCGUGCCAAGAACUACUCCGCCUACGACAUCCCCGAGUACCUCAAAGCCAAUGGUUUCUCUGACGACGAGGUGGCGCGCUACGUGACCAGGGUGCAGCCGGUGACGCUGAGUUUCGGUGCGCCGGGCGUGCCGGUGACCUGCAUCAACGGUAUCGGCGUGCCGACGAUGGAGAGGCUGGUGUACUGGGACGGCGACUUCGGUGCGAAGCCUCAAGUGGUUUACGGCGACGGCGACGGGGCCAUCAACAUAGCCAGCAUGUUGGCUUUGGCCACGUUGAUCGGGGCUCAACCGGAGCAGGAUUACUUCAAGUCGAUUCUGAUUCACAACACGAGUCACGUUGGCGUCAUCUCGGAUGAUUUUGCCCUCAGGCGUGUAGUCAACGAGGUUCUUGAUGCCAAUGGAAAUAGCAUGAACGCUGAACGCUGUUAA